AUGGCAUUGAAUACAUCGAGUACUCAGGAUGGUGGUUUCGAGCAGUUUGGUUUGAAUUUGUACAAUGUUGUUCGUGAAAGCAGCAGCUCAAAUAUAUUUCUGUCGCCAGCAAGCAUUGCCCUUGCUAUGGCAAUGUGUACAGCCGGUGCGAAGCAUGGCACAUUAGAGCAAAUGUUAAAGGCACUGAAUAGUAAAUCAAUUGACGAACUGAACAAAGCCAGUAAAGGCGUAAUGCAGGUGAUAUUAUCAGCAGACAGUGGUAAUUUCAUCAAACUAAAAUUAGCCAAUCGUUUGUUUGCACAAAAAGACUAUAAAAUCAACGUCGAAUACCAAAGUCUUUUGGAAAAAUCCUAUUCUGCAGGAAUUGAAGAGGUCGAUUUUAAUAACAAUGGUCCAUUAGUUGUCAAAGAUAUUAAUAAAUGGGUCGAAGAUCAAACAAACAAGCUGAUCAAAGAUUUGCUGUCACAAAACGACGUCAACAGCGAUACACGCUUGAUCCUUGUCAACUGUAUUUAUUUCAAAGGCACGUGGAUGAAACAGUUUAAACCGGAUGACACAAUAAAGGAUACACCGUUCUAUCUCGAAGAUAAAUCAACUGCUGGAAAAGUGAACAUGAUGUAUCAGAAACAAACAUAUUCGUAUACAAAUGACAAAAAUUUGAAUGCGCAAGUUAUUCAUAUUCCAUAUAAAAAUGCUGAGAGCAAUGGGCAUCAGUUUGUAUUCACUGUUAUCUUACCAGCCGAAGGUGUGUCAUUAAGCGAUGUCGAAAAGAAACUGAGUGAUGAAAAUACACAGAAGAACGUAUUCGACAAGAGCAAUCGUACUCGACAGGAAGUUAAUCUAUUUUUACCAAAAUUCAAAAUGGAGUUUAAGUUUAUUGUUAACGAUGCAUUGAAACAGUUGGGCAUGGAGGACGCCUUCAAUGGGCAAAAAGCCGAUUUUACUGGAAUUGUCACGAAAGAAAAUAAUGAUGGUAAUCUCUAUAUAAGCAAAGUAAUUCACAAAGCCUUCAUUGAAGUCAACGAAGAGGGUAGUGAAGCAGCGGCUGCAACAGCAGUCGUCAUGAUGCGAUGUUGCGCAGUCGUAAGAUCGCAAAUCAUUGAGUUUAAAUGUGACCGUCCAUUUUUGUUUAUGAUUCGUGAAGAUGAACGCGGAAUUACAUUAUUUACGGGAAAAUUUGCGACACCACCAACUGCUAGUUAA